AGGAGGAGCCUCUCACACUGUCAGGGGACGAGGACGCAGCAAGGUGUAGGCUGCUGCUGCUGUGACUCCGGACUCAUUCAAAUACUAGUCUAACAUUUAUUUUUGAGCGUAUUUUUUCUUUUUCUUUGCGGCACCACCGACUGAUGGAAAGGGCGUCCUGCUAGGGGCCACCUAGCGCCAUGACCCCCCUGACAAACCUGCGAGCUACACAAGGAUAAAACAUAAUUUGAGCAAUUCAGAGGAAAGCGACGGCCAGCCUCCUCCAGUGAUGGCGUUUUUUCAGCAGCUCAGGCUUCUUCUCUGGAAGAAUGGACUGGCAGUCAUCAGACAGCCGCUGUGGUCCCUGACCCUGGUCAUCUGGCCUCUCGUCAUCUUCAUCCUCAUUGCAGUGACCCGCCACCAGUUCCCUCCCGUGAUAAGGGAUACAUGUUACGUGGGACCUCGGAACCUGCCGAGCACAGGCUUCUUUCCUUUCCUUCAGACCCUCUUGUGCAACACAGACAGCAGCUGCCAUAACAAAUCUCGCCUGAUGGACCCAGGUGUAUCAAAAGCAUCGAGGAGUAAAAGAUCUACACUCUUGUCAGAACCUUCCCCGCUGGCAAGCCUUGCUGACGGGCCAGAGUUCUUCAACUUUGCUUUCCCCAGUGAGUCUAGGGAUGAUGCCACAGAACUGUUUAAGCUCUUGGACAACAUUUUGGGCCCCUCGCACCAAGGACACUCCAGUAAUGUCUCUUUCAUGAGCGCCAUCAGCACUGCUCUUCCACAAGAUCAGGAGUCCAUGGACAAAAUGCUUGAGUCAGUGAACCUGUUGAAGAGGGCCUUCUGCACUGUGACUCUGCCCAUCGCAAACACAACCUCACCCAAUGCCUUCACCUACGCUGUGGUCACGUUCUGCAAGAGCAACGACACUGUGUUCGAAGCUUCACUCGUCACAGUCAACCAAAUACUGACCGAGCUGAUGCUGACCAAACCUGAAGAGAUGGUGUCGGCGGCUGGGCUGACUAUGAUGUUCUUCAACCAGCUACAAAAUCAGACCUCACUGUGGGACGGCCUUCUUACUAUUCCUCAACUCCUCUCGCCCCAAUCCUUUGACCAAAUGCUGGGCAGCACCAAAGCUCUGCUCACAAAUAUGCAGGGUGUCAUGCAAUUCAUUCAGAGCAAUUUCCCCGAAACUGGCGACUCACUCUCCACUGUGCAUACACUGCUUGCUGGAAGCAUCAACAUGAUCCACUAUGUUCAGAAUUGGCCUGGAAGACAUGUUUCCAUUUCUCUCGGGGAGGUUGUCACAUUGCCGAACAUUUCACUGAGUGAUAUAGUCAAACGGGUACUACAAGAAGUUCAGAUCCCACUGGACAAGGCCAUUGGCUUGACAUUGGACAAAGACAUGGUGCGUUUUUACCUGUGUGACAACAGCAGCAACCCGAUGUGGCUAACAGCAGCAUGCAGUACAGGCACUGUGGACAUGCUUCUGAGCUGGAUCAGCCCUGACAAGGUGGCACAGCAGGCUCUCCUUGCGUGGAGUAAGCAUGUCGCGCCACAUGAUGUGUCCUUUGCCAAAGGGUUGGUGGAGAUUCUGAUGGGAGAGUUGCCUUCAGGUGGACAAGGGGGUUCCAACUUCACAAGGAGCCGUCGUAGCUUGGAAACACAACCACAAAACAUCGAGGAGGAGCUGUUUUUGGCGGUAGGUCAGGUGGUGAUGGACAUUAUAAAAGUGGUGCCUCCAGUGGAUAUGGUUUUCCAGAGGAUCCUUACAACAGCGUUUCAGUCCAUGAAGACAGUGACACUGGGCUUAGGCACUGUAGAAGAAAUGAUGAGCAAUAUCCUGAAAGAUGCGGAUCACCUCCAGCUGACUUAUCAAAUGUUGCUGACUAACCAGUCUGAGGCCAGCGUUUGGAUUGGCCGUGUCCUGGACAGUGUGAUGGAAAUGAUAAUGAAGGCUAUGGGAUCACAGUCUGUCACUUGUGAAGAAUUUCUGAGGCCCAUCGAGUGGCUCUUAUCCACCAAGAGCAUCAAGGUUGACGUGUGGAGGUCAAUGAUCUGCCAAAACAGCUCCUCUGUAGAGGAAGUUUUUCUGAUGGACUGGAUGCCUUUGAUUCAAAAGGGAAACGAACUGUACUACACCCUCACAGGCGAAGCAGACUACAACGUAACACUUCCCAUGAUUCUCUCCGCAUGGCACAAGUUGUAUAAUGGCAGCUUGCAGUUUGUCGUGGUCUUGGACGAACUGAUGAAGGGGCUGGGUGGGGAGUACUGGACGAACUGGAUGCCUGAAGACAAUGCUGAUGACGUUACUGGAACUCUUCAGCAAAGUGUUUUCUUGUUCGUGGUGAAUUUGGGGGAAAAGAUCGAGAAGACAAGUCUGUGGCCCGAGGUAAAGAGCUAUUUCCACAUGGCUUACUGGAUUUUGAACUUCAGGCCUGGUGUCACAACUCAGCCAGCGAACUGUUCUGUUAACCCCAGCUCCUUGGAAAUUGAUUGCGACACUGGUUUGAAGUGGCCACAGUUUGUUCAGGCAGUGACUGGGGCCCUGAUGUCACCAAGCGAAGACGUCCUUUUGACUUGUCUCAAAGGAACUGUGAACCUGUUGCAGCAUGUGUACGGCAACAUGUACAAACAUCUGGCAGCAACAUAUCUGACACAGGAAAUCAAGGGUGGAGAUUCCCUCUCUUCCUACUUGAUUAACCUGCUGCAUAACGUGGAUGAGUUUGUGGAGACGAUCUCCACUCUUCCCAACCAAAACAUCUCUGACCCUGCUGUCAUGCUUCCACUCGUCAGUAACAUGCUGCAGUCCACGGGUCUCUCUCCACUUCUGCCUCUCCUCCUCCACGAUGGACGCCUUAAUGUCUCCACAAUCCUUGGUGUUGCCUCAAAGCUUGGCAGGUUAAACCAACACAUUUUCACCUUCAACGAGACAGACCCAACAAUGCCUGAACUGGAACGGUUGAUCAUGCAGUUCUUCUCCUUAGAGGGUAAUCUCACAAUGUCCCUUUCCCACGUGAUGGGAAAUGCUCUGCUUACCUAUUCUGACUACUUCCACCCUGACGAUGUGGCCCGUCUCAGAGAAGCCAUUCAGCCUUUCACCAACCAGACGUCAGCUGGCAUUGUAGAAGCUAUCCUUAGUGCCGUGGAGCUACUGAAGACAAUGAUAGAUUCUCCAAAUGGCGACCCGACUAACCUCAUUCUUGGAUACUUACGACAGCUUCAAGAGUUUGUGAUUUCUCUGUACAGGCUGCGAAAAAUUGAUGAAGUCCAGUUAACCAGUGGCCAGCUCACACCUGCUGAAGUUACAGACCUCCACGAGCUUACUAUGGAUUUCCUCAACCUCCUCACUCCUGAGAGCCUUCAGAACUUAACACAAGCUGGACCGGAUGCUGCCCAGGACAUAGUCAUCCAGAAGUUUGUAGCAUUCCUACCACCUGAAAUCCAAAAUGAUGCUGUUCUCUUUCUGCAGGAUUUCAAAGAUCUGCAAGGUCAAAUAACUAAAUGUGAAGCAGGCGAGAACUGUUUGGCUGGAAUUACAGAACUAUUCACAUUCCUGGAUCAGAUAUUAGAAAUGAUGCUCUCAGCCGAUGUUAACGUCACCAUAUCAGUAGCUGAAAUCAAUUAUGUUCCAGGGGGCCGGGAAUAUGAAGAAAUUGCAUCCAUGUUCUUCUCACUCCUUCUGUCACCACAUGAUGCAGCAUACGUGGAAACGUUCAAACAGACCCUUCAUUUCAUCAGACUGGUCAUGGCUUCACCGAAUAUCACUGUGUCUAGUGUCGAGGAUGCUCUGAAAGAGUCAAACCUAAACAUUCAGCAGCUGAAUAACAUAACGGCUCUAGCUGGAGCUGCCAACAUAAACGACCUGAUGGCAAACAUAAUUGACAUUCUUAAUGUUCGUCAGUGUUUCGAACCUCAGAAUGACGGGACAGUGACAACCGAGUGUGUAGUUGGAUUGAUAAAUGGGGUUAGCAGAUUUCUGACACACGUACCUGCACUCCGUAAUGACAAGGUCAUCCUCUCCCUCCUCCCAUCAGUUUUGAGCAAAACUGUCCGUGAUGUCGUUAAAAUUAACUUUGGCUCCAGUCCUAACACGGUUCUUGCGCAAACCUUGAACAGCACGUUGGCUAAUAUCAAGAUGGGCCUCCGGCAGGAACAACUGGACACUCCAGAGAUCAUGAAUGAAAUCAAAGUAAUGGAAGGUCUGAUACAACUGAUUGGCAACAUGAAACCACUCAGCACUCUUAACGACACUUUGAUGACUGACCCUAUCCAUGCCCAGAAAGUAUACCUGGAGCUUGUGGAAUGGUACUUGAAAAGGCUUGAAAAUAUCACCAGGAACAGUUCAGCCUCAGAGCUUCUUAACCACUUUUACUCCAUCACACAAAUGCAAGUGGCAUUACAGCUGGCACAGACAGAGUUCUCCUUGUUUGCCAGCAAUAAGGUCAACUUCCUGAUAAAUAAUCUCAAGUACCCUAUUGAUGGUGCAGGGGUGAGUGAAAUUGGCCAGACAGUAAUUGAGAUUCUCAGGCAACUUUUGGACUUUAUAAAGAUUCAGAAUAACAUUCAAGGUCCACUAUUCAACUCAACCAUCCUGGACGCUGCUGAACCCUACCUCAAACGCAUAGUGGAAUGGAUGAAGCAGCCCAAUGUCCCAUUGCUUCUUUCUAGCAUGCUCCAGUGGGGAAACUCCUCCAUGCCAGCAUCCAUCCCUGUGACAGACCUCCACCAGUUGCUGCAAUCGAUGGUUCAUUUUCUCCAAGGGGAUCCACUGACCUACUUCUCCAUGGUUGGCAACAUCACAGAGUCCUUGAGAAAUGUCCUGAUGGUGGCAGAGCAGACAGGUGGCCUACAGAGUGAACACUUCUCAGCUGCUGUCUUAGAAGCAGUCCAAAGUGCCAUGCAGAUCCUGACCACAGCCACAGGACCACUCCCGCUUCCCGUACAGCAGGAUAUUCUGGAAAUUGUGGAAGAUUCACUAAAACUCAUCGUUCAUGGAAACAUGAGUUUUGCUUCGUCACGUGCCACCUCCCUCCUCAUCCUGGCGAGAGCUGAGAGAGUCAUCCAACAAGUGCUGCCAGAAAUGGUUGCAGAAUACCUGCUUUCAGGAGUCGAAGUGAUAACCACUUAUUUCACGAGCAUCUCUGAAGGCGGUGGACCGGAAAACUGGAAUGAGUUAAUUUUGAAUGAGAUGAAGACAAUCCAGAGCCUCCUGCCUCCAAACAACACGGCCCAGGACUACGUUUCUGUCCUCAUUAACAUCACUCACUUCAUCCUGAAGUCCGGCCAAGGCAACACCAGUCUCUGGGCAAGCUUUGAGAAUGCGUCAGUGGAAAAUUUGCCAGAACUGAUGGGACAGGUGAGCAAACUCUUCAGCAUGUUUUGGAGACUCGUCAUGGGAGUCACAGAGUCACAGGCAAUGAUGGUUAACUUUGCCAACGAGGAUCCACUGACCUACCUCUCCAUAAUUGGCAACAUUACCGAGUCCUUGAGAAAUGUCCUGACGGUGGCAGAGCAGACAGGUGGCCUACAGAGUGAACACUUCUCAGCUGCCGUCUUAGAAGCAGUCCAAAGUGCCAUGCAGAUCCUGACCACAGCCACAGGACCACUCCCGCUUCCCGUACAGCAGGAUAUUUUGGAAAUUGUGGAAGAUUCACUAAAUCUCAUCGUUCAUGGAAACAUGAGUUUUGCUUCGUCACGUGCCACCUCCCUCCUCAUCCUGGCGAGAGCUGAGAGAGUCAUCAAACAAGUGCUACCAGAAAUGGUUGCGGAAUACCUGCUUUCAGGAGUCGAAGUGAUAACCACUUAUUUCACGAGCAUCUCUGAAGGCGGUGGACCGGAAAACUGGAAUGAGUUAAUUUUGAAUGAGAUGAAGACAAUCCAGAGCCUCCUGCCUCCAAACAACACGGCCCAGGACUACGUUUCUGUCCUCAUUAACAUCACUCACUUCAUCCUGAAGUCCGGCCAAGGCAACACCAGUCUCUGGGCAAGCUUUGAGAAUGCAUCAGUGGAAAAUUUGCCAGAACUGAUGGGACAGGUGAGCAAACUCUUCAGCAUGUUUUGGAGACUCUUCAUGGGAGUCACAGAGUCACAGGCAAUGAUGGUUAACUUUGCCAACGAGGAUCCACUGGCCUACCUCUCCAUAAUUGGCAACAUCACCGAGUCCUUGAGCAAAGCCCUGAUGGUGGCAGAGCAGACAGGUGGCCUACAGAGUGAACACUUCUCAGCUGCCGUCUUAGAAGCAGUCCAAAGUGCCAUGCAGAUCCUGACCACAGCCACAGGACCACUCCCGCUUCCCAUACAGCAGGAUAUUUUGGAAAUUGUGGAAGAUUCACUAAAACUCAUCGUUCAUGGAAACAUGAGUUUUGCUUCGUCACGUGCCACCUCCCUCCUCAUCCUGGCGAGAGCUGAGAGAGUCAUCAAACAAGUGCUGCCAGAAAUGGUUGCGGAAUACCUGCUUUCAGGAGUCGAAGUGAUAACCACUUAUUUCACGAGCAUCUCUGAAGGCGGUGGACCGGAAAACUGGAAUGAGUUAAUUUUGAAUGAGAUGAAGACAAUCCAGAGCCUCCUGCCUCCAAACAGCACGGCCCAGGACUACGUUUCUGUCCUCAUUAACAUCACUCACUUCAUCCUGAAGUCCGGCCAAGGCAACGCCAGUCUCUGGGCAAGCUUUGAGAAUGCAUCAGUGGAAAAUUUGCCAGGACUGAUGGGACAGGUGGGCAAAUUCUUCAGCAUGUUUUGGCAACUUGUAGGCGGCACAGGCUCAUAUGGACCUCUUCCACCUCUGGAGGACUUUGCUCAUCUUGUGCCUGUCCUGGAGAGUGUGAUGACAGGGACUGCAAACCAAGAUACAUGGAACAAACUUGAACAGAUGCUGGAAACGCUGCUGUUAACCCUCAGAGGAACAGAGCUGUGGGACAGUUUGCCAUAUGUCCUCCCGGCGUUUGAAAAAGUCACAUUGACUGUGGUGAAAGAAACAGAAGCAGAAACUGCCUUCAUACAAAGCCUUCAGAUUCCAGUGGUCACCCUGAUGAGAGACAUCGCACAGUCCGUGAACACCAGCCAGUUUAACUUGACAGAGGUCUCGGAGAGGUUGCAGUUUUCCAUUGAGCACACACUGCAAGCAGCUCAGGAGGCUAAUGGCACACUAAACUGCAGCGUGGUUCUCAAAGGAUGGGAUCCAGUGAGAGAGGCAGCAGGGUUAAGCGACGCCACCAUGGCUAUGUGGUGCAGUAUUAAACUACAGCCUGUACUGGAUUCCUUUGCUGCAUCCCAGAAUGUCUACCUCCACCUGAACAUGAAUCACACAGACAUGGGAUCAAUCAGUGCCAACGCCGCAGCUGCCAGGAUUGUCAAGAGUGUGCAGUCUCUCUACCACGUAAACAUUAACCAGUCGGUUGUGAUAGAUCAGUUCAUAUACACUUUCUCCAGCCAGCUCGAUGUGCUGGCAGGCCGGCCUUUGAGCCCUGAGGCGCAACAUUACUGGUACUGGCAGCUCCAGGACAUGCAGUUGCAAAACAGUUUGUCUUCCAUCAAAAUGCUCUCAGACGAGUUGCUUGACGUGGCCCCCUUCCUGGAGCCUUACAUGGACCCUAUAGUGAAAUCACUGAGUCACGUGCUGGAAAACUACCAACUAAUUCAGGAUGGCAGCUCAUCCCAGGAGCUCCUCAGCGAAGCAGUAAUGAUCUUCCUAACCGCUGCUAACAUCACAUCUCCUGACGGCUCCUCCAGCAUGUGGGGAAUUCUUUCUGGGCCAUCUCUAACUGACAUGAUGAAGGAAAUUGUUAAACUGAUGAUUGACAUGAACCUAUUUGGGGACUCCCCUGCGGUUUACCAAGCCUUGGAGCACAUUCUGGUGUCCAACGACACAAGCAUGAUUGUGGAGAAGGUGGCCGAGUUUUUAACAUGGUUGACCUCCACUCAAGCCACUGGACUGGAUCUGCUAAGUCAGGCUAUGACCAAAAUGUACCACAUCAUCAGACCUCUCGUACGUGUCUUUACCAGUAUGAACGUGGGUCUGCCGGUCGAUGUGGGACUGUUUGAAGACCUAGCUGGAAACAUCAUUGCAAUGUUCAGACAGGUAGUAACCACCGGUGGCCUGUUGGUCCCCAUUGAAGAGUAUCACAUCUCGAAUAUGUCAGACACGAUGGAAGGCCACAAAGAGGUUAAAUCCAGACAAAGGCGCGACGCCCCAAUGAUGAUGAUGGCAAGAGACCCCAUGGAUGACUUCAUAGACCUGCUAUACAUUGACUACCCAGCCAUGUUCAGAGCCAUCGCUGUCCCUCCAACUGCAACAGAAAUUAUGGAGACAGUGCAUGUGUUGAUUGCCAAUCCUGAUCUGGGUGUUGUGAUAAAGGGAGCCACUAACAACAUGCCGUGGGGCUUGAAUGCCUCCCGGGAAGACACCAUUGACGCCGCCCUCGGGGUGGUCUCCUCCUUCACUGUACCAGGAGUGUUCGAUGCACCAUCAUUGGACAUCCUGAAGAAUGCGGUAGAAAUGAUUCCUGAUGGUUUUCCAUUCGCAUCUGUGAUUAAAAGUAUCGCCAGAGCGUUGGCCAGUGAACCUCAAGAAAACCUGAUUCUCAUGCAGCAGACCAUCCAAACAGCCGCUCAGCUCUUCCAGACCAGCCUGACCGAGCCACAGUUCAUGGAGCAACUACGCCACCUGACAUCCCAGGUGUGUGCUCUGGAGAAUACGGAGUCUCUGCGCCUGCUUAUGCAGACCCUCUCGGUAGAGCCCGGUGUGCUGUGCCAGACCAUUCUCCCCAGCCUGGAGAUGAUGGUCGAGAGUUUGCUGGUGAACGCAACCUCUAUGUCCGAGGUCCUCUUCCAGACUUUCAUCGGAGAUCCCAUGAGCUACUCCGUCCAGACAAAUUGGAGCUCUGUGUUGAGUGAAGUUUUGGGCUUUAACACCAGCAGCCUGAGGUCCCUCAACAUUAACGCCACCUCCCCAGGAGUGGUGACGAUCGGUGAGAUGCUGAGAAAUAAGACUGCAUUUGUUCUGGACGUGCAGCGGUACGACUUGCUCCACCCGGCAACUCUUCACGUCCUGAUGGAAACCAUUCUACCAAACAACAAUUUUGAGAUCAUGUCCUGGCUCAUCAACCUGCGUGACUGUGGCUCCGCAGCAUUCGUGAACAUGACGGAGGCCGAUGCGGCCAUCUUGAAGACCUUCUGCUCCAUGCCUUUAGAACAGUGGUACACGCUGUCAGUGCUGAUGGCUCGCCAUCUCAACACGGAGAAAGUCAUCUACAGAGUGGUGCUCUCUGAAGACAUACAGAGCCUGGUGGGAGCCAUGCUGCAGAUGGCUGAGGUUUUAGCAGACAUGAUGGACAAGUUUCUUCCCGCCAUUGAUCAAGUGCAAAGCUACCUGCUCUCCGUCAAAGACCUCAAUCUAGUGGCCAACAAUGAAUUUAGCCAACUGACAAGAGGACAAAGGUCCACCAUCUCCACUCGUGCUACAUUCGUGACCCUCUCUCGAGCGUUGUGUAGUAACGGUAUCUUGGCUCUCUUUGGAAUCUCCAACCUCCCAUCCAUGUCGGAGUCAAAACCAUCCGUCACCAACUACGAAAAGCGAGAGGAGAUGAUUGAGAGGUUCAAGAUUCCACGAAAUGCCACCCCCUUUUGCACGGACAUGUACCUGGACAUGGUUAACACCACGGGAGGAGCCAUUGCCUGGGCCUUCCUCAAGCCAAUGCUUAUGGGUCAGAUCCUGUACACGCCAGACACACCCACCACCAGAGCCAUAAUGGAGAAGGCCAAUGCCACCUUGCAGAAGUUUGCAAAUCUAAGCAAGUACUCCGAGGACUGGAUCGAAUCCUCCAAGUACAUUAUAAACUCUGCCGAAGUGCUCCGCCUCACCUUGCCAAUGCUGCAGAAUUCCCUCAGCAACUCCUUUGUGAAGAAUUUCAUUGAGAUGCAGACAGACAUUGAUGUCGACAGAAUGAAGGAGACGCUCAGCAACUUCUCUGACAUGACAGUGAUGCUGGAAAAGAACAAACACAUCCUGAAUCAGAUCACCUCCUUGUCCACUCUAAUGGUGGAGCUUUCCUCCUGCAUCACGUUCGACCGAUACCGCGGAUAUGACUCUGCCGACCAGCUCAACGCCGAUGCGCAGAAACUCGCCAAAAACCGCGACCUCUACGCAAGUGUCAUCUUCAAGCUUCCCAAAGACGCAGAUUCUCCCUCCUCCUCCGCAUCCUCCCUGCCUCCCAAAGUCAGCUACACCAUCCGCAUGCAUAUGGACAACAUGAUGCGUACGGACAGAGUCCGAGACCCCUACUUUGUGAAGGACCCACACAUCUCGGACAGGCAAACGAUGCGCUACAACCGGGGAUUUAUCUACCUGCAGGAGAACAUUGAUCGGGCUAUCAUUGAGACCCAGACCGGGAAGACCAUCAACGAGACGGCCGUGCAGCUGCAGCCUUUCCCCUAUCCGUGCCAUCUUCGGGAUGAGUAUCUGGAGGCCCUCUUUUUCGUCUUCCCCCUCAUGCUGAUGAUAGCCUGGGUGUUGUUUGUGGCUGAUUUCGUAAAAAAACUGGUGCAUGAGAGAGAGCUGCGACUACAUGAGUACAUGAAAAUGAUGGGAGUCAACCCGCUCAGCCACUUCUUCGCCUGGUUCCUGGAGUGUGCUUCCUAUCUGGUAGUGACCAUCAUCAUCAUAACUCUGGUGCUGAAGUGCGGCAAAAUCCUCCCACACAGUGACGGUUUCCUCAUCUUCCUGUACCUCUGCGACUACGGUUUGAGCAUCCUGGCCUUCAGUUACCUUGUCAGCUCCUUCUUUGACAAAACCUACAUUGCUGGCUUGAGCGGAAGCCUCCUCUACAUCCUCUUCUUCUUCCCUUUCAUCGUGGUCUUGGCCCUGGAGUCGAAUCUGACCUUCUCACAGAAGAGUGCACUGAGCUUGUUUUCCCCGACCUGUUUCAGUUACGCCAGUCAAUACGUUUCUCGUUACGAGUCCCAAGGAGAAGGAAUUCAGUGGAGCAACUCGUACUCGUCGCCCAUUGCUGGAGACACCGCCUCGUUCGGUUGGCUGUGCUGGCUGAUGCUCAUCGACUCCAUCCUGUACUUCAUCAUCGGGGGUUACAUUCGCAUGGUGUUCCCAGGAAAAUAUGGCAUCGCUUCUCCCUGGUAUUUCCCCUUCAAGCUGUCCUUCUGGGCCGACCUGUGCGGCUGCGUUCGGCCAAAGACCAAUUCCAGCAAAGGACUCCUCUUCACUAACAUCAUGCAUGAUAACCAGCCCGUCUUCUCCGAUGACAAGGGAAAAGGCCAGAGCAAACUUUCCUCCAGUGAUGGCGGGGAUUUCUCAGAGCUCCCAGUUGGGGUUGCCCUCCAUGGUCUCAGCAAGAUCUAUGGUGACCAAGCAGCCAUUGAAAACCUCAACGUUACCUUCUACGAGGGCCACGUCACCUCCCUGCUCGGUCACAACGGCGCCGGCAAAACCACCACCAUGUCACUCCUCACCGGCCUGUUUGCCCCGUCAUCGGGCACCAUAGAGGUCUACGGCAAGGACAUGCAGGCGAACAUCGACAGCGUCCGCAAAGAGCUGGGGGUCUGCAUGCAAUACGACGUCCUCUUUGACCACAUGACCACCAAGGAGCACCUGCUACUGUACGGCCAGAUCAAGGCCCCGCACUGGUCUCAGGAACAGCUACACGAGCAAGUCCGCACGAUCCUACAGGAGACAGACAUGUACUCUCACAGACACAAGCGGGUAGGCACCCUGUCAGGCGGCAUGAAGCGCAAGCUGUCAAUCUCCAUCGCCUUCAUAGGGGGAUCUCGUCUGGUGGUUCUGGAUGAACCCACCACAGGAGUCGAUCCCUGCUCCAGGCGCAGCAUCUGGGACAUUGUUAUCCAGCACAAGAAACACCGCACCAUCGUCAUGUCCACCCACCACCUUGACGAAGCUGAAGUGCUGAGCGACCGCAUCGCCUUCCUGGAGAGAGGAGGAAUAAAGUGCUGCGGCUCCCCCUUCCACCUGAAAGACAAGCUAGGUCAAGGCUACAAACUCACCCUCACCAAGAAGAUGCAGGACGCAGAAUCUGAGCGGGUUGACGAUUCUGAACUCAAGGGCUUCAUCCAAGCCCAUGUCCCUGAAGCACGCCUGAAGGAAGCCCAUGGAGGUGACCUGGUCUAUUCCCUGCCCCCCUUCAACUCCAACCCCUCCUCAUACCGCUCCCUCCUCACCGCUCUGGACGCCAACCUGGACGACCUGCAGCUGGGGGGCUAUGGCAUCUCUGACACCACUCUGGAGGAGGUGUUCCUCCAGUUGACUCACGGAAACGCAGAAUCUGAGCACGAACCCCUGUCUGUCUCAGAGACGGUCUCUGACUCCGACUCCAUCGACAGCUUCCCCUCAGACAGCGGUGAAAGCUUCUCCAGCUACGGUGACAAAAUCAAGUUCGCAAGUCCGUCCACGGUGAGCGGCAUGGCCCUGGCCUGGCAGCAGAUGGCAGCCAUACUGACCAAGAGGUUCAACCACAGCCGCAGAGACUGGAAAGGCCUCAUCUCCCAGAUCCUGCUUCCUGUUCUGUUCGUGGUGUUCGCCAUGGGCCUGGGCUGCAUCAAGAGCGACCUGCAGCACUAUCAGGAGCUGGAGCUCAGCCCUGCGCUCUACAACAUCGGCCCAAGCUACUCCUUCUUCAGUAAUCAAAAUCCCAACUCCAGGCAGCUGGUGGACACCAUGAUGUCAUUCCCCGGGAUCGAUAACGCCUGCCUCGAGAAGUCAGAUAACAUGGCCUGUACAAGAAGCACCAACAACUGGAGCACCAGGGGGAACAGCUCCAAACCAUUUAGCGUCUGUAAAUGCACCCGUCAGGAACAGACCUGUGAAAAGGACAACUACCAGCCGCCCCAUAAGAAGGCCCCUUCGUCUCAGGUUGUCUACAAUUUGAGUGGCAUCAACGUGGAGAACUACCUGGUGACAACAGCCAACGACUUCAUCAGGAACAGGUAUGGUGGCUUUUCUUUUGGCAUGCCGCUCCCAGCUGACUUACAAAUGGACAUUACAGCUGUGCCCCAAAACCGCACGCUGUCUAAGGUCUGGUUCAACCCUGAGGGCCACCACACAAUGCCGGCAUACUUGAACAGCCUCAACAACCUCAUCCUACGCUCCAACCUACCAGCAGACAAAGAUCCGCGCAAAUAUGCCAUUUCAGUUUCCAGCCACCCCUACUUUGGACGGGUGGAUGAUGAAGAUGCAAUUGUCGAGGGACUGCUUCAGAUCCUCGUGGCGAUGUGCGUGCUGACCGGCUACUCGAUUACAACAGCCAGUUUCGCCAUCUAUGAAGUCAAUGAGCACCGCAGCGGAUCCAAGCGGCUGCAGCACAUCGCUGGCAUCAGCGAGCCCUUCUACUGGACUGUGAACUUCAUCUACGACAUGGCCAUCUAUAUGAUCCCCGUGACUCUGACCAUUGGCGUGAUCGCCGCCUUCCAGAUUCCAGCAUUCACAGAUCGGCAAAAUCUGGCAGCCGUCGCCCUCCUGCUGGUGCUCUUUGGGUUUGCUACCUUCCCCUGGAUGUAUCUGUUAUCAGGUGUCAUCGGGGAUGCAGAGAUGGCCUUCAUCACCUACGUGUGCAUCAACCUGUUCAUCAGUAUCAACACCAUCCUGUCCACCUCCAUCCUCCAUUUCAUGAGUCAAAUAUCAAUGCACAACACCGAGGUCAUCCGGGACAUCUUCAACAGGCUGAGCUGCGCCUUCCUCGUUUUCCCCCAGUUCAACUUUGGGAACGGGCUGAUGAAAUUGGCCAGAAUGAACAUAGAGGUCCAGGUUCUCAGCGGCUACGGAGUUGACGCCUACAAGGACCCGUUCUCUGCGGAAGUCCUGGGCUGGAUGUUCAUCUCCUCCUUGAUACAAGGCCUGGUCUUCUUCACCCUGCGCCUCUUGCUCAACAAAUCCGUCAUGCGCAAAGUCAGGAGUCUCAUUUGUAGGAGAAAGACAGUGCCCCAGGUGUCCUCUGAUGACGAGGAUGAGGAUGUGGCAGCUGAGCACCAGCGGGUGUCCAGUGGAGCUGCAAACUCAGACAUACUGCAAGUCAACCAGCUGUCUAAGGUCUAUCAAAAGCUCAAGAACAAAGUUCAUGCUGUCAAGAGGCUGUCUGUGGGCAUCCCCGCGGGAGAGUGCUUUGGGCUGCUGGGAGUAAACGGAGCCGGAAAAACUACCACCUUCAAAAUGCUAACUGGAGAUGUUAGCCCCACUGACGGCACAGCACAAAUCAGGGACAUUGAUGGGCGCUUGGUGGACAUCAUGGAGUGUCGUAACCAGGGAAUUAACAUCGGCUACUGUCCCCAGGAGGAUGCACUGGACGGCAUGCUUACCGGAGAAGAGCAUUUGUACUUUUACGCUCGCAUUCGUGGCAUCUCAAAGAAGCAGAUUGAUGGGGUGGUGAACUACCUACUGAAGAGGCUGGAGCUGAACCGCCACAGAGACAUCAUUACAGAUAGUUACAGUUGUGGCACCCGCAGGAAGCUCUCUACUGCUCUGGCUCUCAUCGGACAUCCACAAAUCCUGCUCCUGGAUGAGCCCAGCUCUGGCAUGGACCCUCGCACCAAGCGUCACCUAUGGAAGAUCAUCUCUGAGGAAGUGAAAGGAAAAUCUGCCGUGGUCCUCACCUCACACAGCAUGGAGGAGUGUGAGGCGCUGUGCAGCCGUCUUGCCAUCAUGGUGAAAGGUCAGUUCCGAUGCCUGGGCUCCCUGCAGCACAUUAAGAACAGGUUUGGAAGUGGGUUCACUGUGAAAAUGUACUUGGCCGAGGCCUCCUGUGACGCAGAGGCAAUCACUAGCUUCAUGCAGCGCAGGUUCCCGAGCACUUAUCUCAAGGACCAGCACUCUACCAUGGUGGAGUACCACAUACCCGUUGCUCCCGGAGGGGUGGCUGACAUCUUCAACCAGCUGGAGUCCAACAAGAAUGCUCUGCGGAUCAAACACUUCUCUGUGAGCCAGACCACACUGGACGAGGUCUUCAUCAAUUUUGCCAUGGGAAAUAUUGGCAUGGAAACUGAACCCAUUCCCAGCGAAGAUGACCGUGAUGUCCUGGACUCUAUUAAGGCAGAACAAACAUAGAGCCGGCUGCCAUCUUUACUUUACCAUUUGGUCCUGUGUGAGAUGGAGCACAGUGCGUGCUUGAAGUAAAUUCACCAUUAAUGUAUAUGUGAAAAUAUGAAUUUAAACCAUUCAUGUUAAAAAUGCUGAUUACUUUUUGAAAGUCUCUUAACUGAUCGUGAAGGUUAAAUUACAUUUCUAUGCUUACCAAAUGAAACUAUAACUUAAAGGCAGUGCGCACAUGCACAGAUGCUGAAGAUUUUUUAUUUACUAUAUACCUUUAAUUCUCCUAAUCAAAGUAUUUAUGAAGAAUAAUUGUGUCAUCUAUGAGUUUCUCUCUGUGGUUUGGGUACUAUUCAUCACUAGGAUGUUAUAUAUAUAUUAUCAAAAAUCAAGUGCAAUAUCUAUUUAAAGACCUCUCAUCAGAAAACCAUGAUUGUACAUCAUCUCAAAGUACUUACUCUAAAUAAAUGAAACAUGCAUAAAGAAGUACAUUUUUAAUUUAAGGGUAGAUGUAAUUAUGCUCACUAGAUUAAAUUUGACAAAAGAAAAUAUUCACAUCCAGACCUCAAUAUGCACUUUUCCCCUUCUCAUUAACACUUCCUCUGAGGGCAUAUCUAACGUUUGGAAUGAAAUUACUGAAUAUUUUAGGGUCUCUCCUACUGCUGGACUUGCUCCGUGUGGUGUUGAAUGUAUCAAGCCUAUUUUUUUUUAUCAUUGCAAUAAAGAUAUUUUUCAAGUGGA